CACGGAAGGAGGCGGAACGGUGCGCGGGAUCAGUCGGCCAGAAUCUAUCUUGUUCUUUCUUCUUUUACCCAUCAAAUAACCUCAGAGCACCCAGAAACUCUCGAAACUCGCACUCCAUACUCCAUACUCUCCGGUCUAGUCAAAGUCCAACGGAGCACCAGUGCACCACCCCGGCACCGGCAUGGCAACCACCACCGACAUCCGCCUUUCCAUCGCCCACCAGACCCGCUUCGCCCUCCGCCUCGCCUCCGCCAUCUCUUCCCCCUCCAACGCCGACGCUGCUGCCGGUAACGCCGCCUUCUCCCCGCUCUCCCUCCACGUCGCGCUCAGCCUCAUCGCCGCGGGCGCGGGCGGCGCCACCCGCGACCAGCUCGCUGCCACAAUCGGGGCCGCGGGACCAGGCGAUGCCGAGGCGGGCCUCCACGCGCUCGCGGAGCUGGUCGUGCAGCUCGUGCUCGCCGACGCGUCCGGCGCCGGCGGCCCGCGGGUCGCGUUCGCCGAUGGCGUCUUCGUCGACGCAUCGCUCUCGCUCAAGCCUUCCUUCAAGGAGGUCGCCGUAGGCAAGUACAAGGCCGAGACCCACUCCGUGGACUUUCAAACUAAGGCUGCUGAAGUUGCUGGUCAGGUGAAUUCAUGGGUAGACAAAGUUACAUCAGGUCUCAUCAAAGAGAUCCUCCCUGAAGGGUCUGUUGACAAUACCACUAAGAUGAUUCUUGGUAAUGCCCUUUAUUUCAAAGGAGCUUGGAUCGAGAAGUUUGAUGCAUCCAAGACGAAAGACGACAAGUUCAACCUUCUUGAUGGGAGCUCAGUUCAAGCACCAUUUAUGUCGAGUACAAAGAAGCAAUACCUUUCUUCUUCUGACGGCUUUAAUGUACUCAAGCUUCCUUACCAGCAAGGCGAAGACGAGAGGCAGUUCUCCAUGUACAUUCUUCUUCCAGAAGCACAGGAUGGUCUCUGGAGCUUGGCCGAAAAGUUGAGCUCCAAACCAGGGUUCCUGGAGAAGUAUCUCCCAACACAGAAGGUUCCAGUCGGACAGUUGAAGCUUCCCAAAUUCAAGAUAACAUUUGGAUUUGAAGCAUCUGAUGUGCUCAAAGGAUUGGGGCUCCAGCUGCCAUUCAGUGCACAAGCAGACUUCUCGGAGAUGGUGGAUUCACCCGUGGGACAGAAUCUGUGCGUUUCGUCGGUUUUCCACAAGUCGUUUGUCGAAGUGAACGAAGAGGGAACCGAGGCUGCUGCAGCAACUGCUGUUGGAUUCGUGCUUCUCUCGAUGCCAUUGGAGCCCAUGAAAAUGGAUUUCAUCGCGGAUCACCCUUUUCUCUUCGUGCUCCGAGAAGACAUGACCGGGGUGGUGCUGUUCGUUGGCCAUGUGGUCAAUCCUCUACUUGGUGCAUAGUAUAUGGCCUUGCUUGACGUAUGAUGUUUAUGUUUUCCAAUAAUGGCUUGCCUCGCCGGUGAGCUGCCGCGUAGUGGUAUAAUUAUGUGUGGCCGGUCUGCCAGGAGAUACUCUCUUCAUUUCUAAAUGCUUGUCGUUGUUUUAGUGCAAACUUGCACUAAAACAACGAGAGAGUACAAUUUAAAUAAUCCUACCAUGCUCUUAUCUCGUACAAA